AUGAUUGCCAAAGAAUAUGAAUCUACAAAAAAGACACUUAUUGAUAAGCUUAACCUUCAAGAUAAUGUUUUUAUUUUUAUUUUAUUAUCAAUAUGUCCACUGAGUGAAGAAAUUGAUCUUGAGACUGUGUCUAAAGAUGUUAAAAAUGCUGCUUUAAUAUGCAAGAACAAUUUUUGUGACUUUUACAGUUUUACUUAUGCUACACAAGCUCAAUUUGCAGCAGAACAGGAAAAAGUUAAUGUUAAUACAGCUAAAUUUUGGGAAUUAAGAUUAAUAAAUGGAGUUGAUGAAAUUUUAGCAAAUGAUAUUGUUGAAAAACGUAAAAGAGAUUAUUUUGUUGAUGAAGAUGAUUUAUCAUUAUCAAAUAGUUCAGAAGAACCUCAACUUGAUGAAGAACAAAAAAAAUGGUUAUCAGAAUUAACUGUCGAUAUUGUAACAGGAGUUUUAUUCAGUGGUAGACCAGUUACUACAAUGUCACAACCUUUGGCUGUUUAUUUGAACAAAAUUGGUGAUGUGGCAAUCGCUAAUAAAACGAUCUUGGAUUAG